AUGGCCGGUGCAAAGAGCCCUCGGGUCAAGGACGACGAAACAAAGAAACGCAAGAGGGAAGCGAACGACGGCAAUCCAAAUUCCAAAAGACAUCGGCACCGGAAAAGCAAGGCAGUCAGCGGCGAUGCGCAAACACCCCAAAAGUCAAAAGGCGAGGAGCAGGAAAAUGGCAAAGGAGCUCAAGAGUUGGCGGAGCCGCGUCCGCGGGAAGUCAUUGGUCAGCCGAAUGACGGCGACGGAGGCUGGCGAAUCUCGAAACCUAUGGGAGGCAGAAUGAUGGAUAUCGAUCCCAUUCUUGCAGCAGAUGAACAGUACCUGAUUUUAACCUACAACACCUCCAUCCAGAUCUACAACACCAAUGAUUCCCUCCUUGUUCGACGCAUCCCGAUCAGCACCCUGGACACUACUUCUUGUCAAGGUUCCACACCAGCCCGCAUUGUCGCGACCCGGUUGUCCAAGAGCAAUCCUCAAUUGGUGUGGGUAGCUUGCUCUGACGGAACCGUGUACUCCGCAAACUGGGCGCAAGGCGGAGCCCCGUCGCCAGUCUUGCAAACAGCAUCUCGUACUGCCAAAGCUCUCGUCGUUAUUCCAGCAGCGCAUGCCGUCAACAAGGACAUUCUUCUGCUGGCAGAGUCGGAAAAGGCAAGCCACAUGCAAGUCAUGGCCUAUCAACCAGUGGAAGGGAGCAAGCCCCAAUCCAAGCGCCUCCUCAGCCUCGAGGGGAAGCAGGGCUGCGGCCUCCAAAUUCUCGAGUCGAGCGAAGAUGGCAAAUUUGUCGUCGGAGCCUUCCAGGACCAGUCAUUCGUGGGCAGCCUCUCCUCUGCAGCGCCGCAGGAUCUGGAGCAGCUACACUACGACUUUUUCUCCUUUGACUGCCCAGACCUCGUCACUUGCCUCGACCUGAGGCUGCGUCACCGGCUCUCGGGAGGCAAGAGAGCCCACAGGGAAACGGACAAUGCGGUGGACGUGAUUGUUGGCGGGGCGAGGGGAGGCAUCUACGUCUAUCACAAUGCCGUUGCCACUGUUGGCAAGCCGGUGAACCGGCAGUCCGCCGAGAAGGGGCUUCUGGUUCAGAAGCAUCACUGGCAUCGCAAAGCCGUACAUGCCGUGAAGUGGUCACGAGACGGCCACUACUUCAUCUCGGGCGGGUCGGAAAACGUUCUCGUCAUCUGGCAGGUCGACACGUCCAAGAAGGACUUCCUCCCGCAUCUGUCCGGCAGCGUCGAGAACAUUGUCGUCUCAGCCGCUGGGUCGUCCUACAUCCUUCACCUCGACGACAACUCGGCAAUGAUGCUUUCGACUGCCGAGAUGAAACCGACAGCCUACGUCGCCGGCAUACAAUCCGCCGCCAUGGAUGUGUCGCAGCCCAAGGAUCUGCUCGUCCGGCGAGUGUGGGAAACACCAAAGCAGGUGCGACGACCCAUCCCCGCCACCAUGAGACCGUCGGAACCGUCCAAAUUCUACGUCUGCGUGGGGAACGGCCGCCAGGCAACCAUGUCGGGGGAGUUUUCUGCUCCGAUGCUGCAGUGCUUCGAUCUGGAAACAUUCACCAGCGUCUCGACACAAGCACUGGCUCGAACCCAGCCGACCGACGUGAAUCUCACCAGCAAGGGACACGCCAUCGACGAGCCUUUGGUGACUACACUGGCCUUUGCUGCAGACGGUCGAUGGCUCGCCAGCAUUGACGAGUGGCGACCAUCACACCGCGAUGUGGAAAACGUUUCUGCCGAUCUCAGGGAUCAGUUCAUCCGCGAGAGACGCGAGAUAUUCCUCAAGUUUUGGCAAGUCCGCGAUGCUGGCAGCUCCUUUGCCCUGGUAUCGAGGAUCAAUGCUCCCCACGCCACCAAAUGUCCCGAGCCGGUUCUCGGCCUGGCAGCGGACCCCACGGCCAGCUCGUUUGCCACCAUUGGAGCCGACGGGGUUGCCCGUGUCUGGCGACCGCGCGACAGGCUGAAUGCCGGAGUUGCCGUAAAAGACCAAGAUGGAAACACUGCGGUGUCGUGGAGCUGCGCGCAGGCCAUCGCCAUUGGGAACGGCACAGGUUCCGACGCUGGCACGGAUCACACGGAUCCGACUCGGGCGACCGAGGUGCAGGGCAGCAUCGCGUUUUCCGAGGAUGGUUCCACCCUGUUUGCUGCCAUUGGCUCGGCAGGCUCUGGGCACGUCUUUGUCAUUGACGCCUCGUCGGGGCAGUUUGUCAGGGUGCUGGAAGGUUUGUGGAGCGGCAAGCUGCAUUCCAUCCAGGCGUCGUCAUCGUACAUUAUCGUCUUGUCGGAUGAGUUGAAGGUGUACGACGUGGUCGGAGACGAGCUGCGGUACGGAAUCGCCGUUCCCCAGACGGAAGGCGUUUCCGAGUUGCUACAGCUGGCGGUCGACCACACGUCGGGGCACUUUGCCGUCACGCUGCCGCUUGGCGGCGGCGUGUCCAGCAUCGGGGUCUUUAGCCCCGAACAUCACCAGCCUCUGCUGGUGAGGAGCACACCCCAUCGGAUCGUCAGCCUGGUGUGCGCCCCGGACGCCAGCGGAUUCAUUGCGCUCGACGACGCGGCGCAGGUCUGGGUAGUCACCGAAGGCUCGGAUCCGUCGCCGUUGGCCACUGUUCAGCCACUCCAGGACCUGCAACUGCACGACAUCUCCGGCGAGGUGGACCUGGCUGUCGGCGGCGACGACGCAAUGGAUGCUGCAAGUGAAGAUGACGUCAGCGACGUCGACAUGGCGGACGAUGACGACGAGGAUGACUCGGCUGUCAAUGUCAUUGCUCAGCACCGUUUGACGGACAUUUUCGACGCCGCGCCCGCGUUCGCAGCGCCAUCUAUAGAGGACAUGUUUUACAAGGUUACCGGGCUGCUGGCUGCGAAGCCGCUAGUGGAGUGA